AUGAGCAAAAUGAAAGCAUACCAUAGUGCUUCGGACUUAUUAGUCAAUAGCUCUAGUGAUUUAGAAGAUAACGUAACAUUAGAUCCAGAUAAUAUGCUAGCGGAGUUGUCUUAUCCUGCUAACACAGGCUCCACCCGCAUGUCAACUCUUAUAACUAGUCCUGCACCUUCUUACAUUGCACACCUUCCCUCCAAGUUAAAGUCCUUUUUUAGAAUAAACGGUUCUAAUAAUAAGAAAGAAUCUUCGAUCGGUUCGGUGGGUAGACGUGGAAAUAGUAAUGGAGAGAUAGGCUCAUCUUCCUCUUUGGCAUCUGCAACUUCAAAUGAUAGUGAAAAGAAUGUCUCUGGCUGCACCCAAAGUGGGAUAUUGAAACAUAAGACAAUUGGACCCUGGUUUUUGAAAGAUCAAAGUAAUAAUCAGAAAUUGCGGCGAGUAGCUUCGGCGCCCAAUACAAAAGCUUUGAACGAUAAAUUGGAUGGUUCACAAAAAAUAUACAAAGAGAAUUAUUAUGGAUCUAACAACAAUGUGACAUUGUCUGUUCCGAAUGGACCUUUGUCAAAAAUGAAGCGUUCAGAGGCUUUUAAGCGGACCUAUUCUUCAAAUUCAAUCAAGGUCAAGAGUGUUGAGGUGGGACCGGAUAGUUUUCAGAAAAUUAAGUUAUUAGGAAAAGGUGACGUAGGUAAAGUUUACCUGGUAAAGGAGAAAAAAACCACUUUGCAAACUCGACCUGGAAAAAGUCUUCUGGAAGAAGAUGCAAAAUUUUAUGCUGCCGAAGUCAUUGCUGCGUUAGAAUAUUUACAUUUGAUGGGCUUUAUUUAUCGAGAUCUGAAGCCUGAAAACUUCGACCUUUCAAAACAAUCUCAUCCUGCUAACAUGCCGGGAAUUGUCAAAACCAGUUCUAGCAAUGUGGGCCAAAAUAGAAAUGCUACUUUCUCCAAUAUAUUAAGAAACGAAGUAUGCUUUCAAGAAGGAGGCGGGGCUCAAAUCGUUUCAAGUUACUUUGCAAAGACGAAAACCGGCGCCUUGGAUCUAAAGCUGCAAAGUUAUGGUACUGAUGCAGUGAAUUUUCGAAAUAUUCAAGAAAGUGUUAGCUUGGAUAUAGAAGGCGAAAAGAUUUUCGAAGUCACUGGAAAAAAUCCUUUCGAGGAAUUUAACAGCGUGACGUUACACCACGAUGGCGAUUAUUAUAAUGAAAUAUAG